CAGACGGAAGGAAAGAGCUGUGCGUUUUUUAGACCGACUAGCAUAGUUCAGUCAGCCAGGCUAGCGAUGCUGCUCCACGCACGAAACGGCAUAUAUAUUUGUAUGAAAUAUAACCAGAAAGUUAUUGAGAUGUAGUGCAGUGCUUGUAUAUAGCAGCAUUUAACUCGAACAUACGGUUUAACUGACCGGGACAGACUUAUUAGUGAAAUAGCCAGAGCUAAACGCCGUCGGUUUCGGUUAACGUUAGCUAGCUAGCCGGGCAGCUGCAGUUCUUCCCCUUGAAUAAAAAAGGUUGGCGUUUAUAAUUACCCAUCGAUAAACAACGCAAACUGAAAUGGAAAACAGUGAAAACAUUCCGGCUGAUGACGGGCACGUCGACUUAUCAACUCUGGUGUCUGAGGACGGGAAAAAUGCCAAGUCUGUUUUGUGCCAGCGGUGUGGCUCAAAAGUGCUGUGUCCGGGAAUGGCGGUACUUGCUGAGAAGGAGCUGUUCCUGCCCUCCAUGCGGAAGAAGACUGGCAUCACCCAGGGGGAGGGGACCGUGGAUGGGGACACACUGACGUCACACUGGCUGGUGGAUGACAUGUACACCUUCGAGAACGUGGGCUUCACCAAGGACGUGGGCAAGGUCAAGUACCUGAUCUGCGCGGACUGUGAGAUUGGGCCCAUUGGUUGGCACUGCCUGGACGAGAAGAAGAGGUUCUACGUAGCACUGGAGAGGGUCAACCACGCUUGACGGACAGCGGGCGGCACCAAUGAGAGUGGAGAAUGAGGGACCCCCCCCGAGAGAAGAUCUUGUGCCAAUCCUUUUUGGGCAGGGGGGCGGGGAUUUGUUAGGCUGGGUCCACCUGUGUCCCUGUGAUUUGCUGAUGGACUCGAGGUGUUCUUUCCUGUUCCUUUUGGUUGUCGGGCAGGACCUUUGCCUGCUGCUUUUACAUUUCACGUAAACCGUCGUCCAUUUUUAAGGAAAGGCGUUAACUGACUGACUGGCUUUCCUUUUUUUUUUUUUUUUUUUACAAUUCUCUAUUUGAAAUUAAUUGAAAUUAAUUCCAGUAACUAACCCUGUUUCUUGGCCUGCAUUUCUGAUUUUAGCCUUUGUGUCUGUACCUUUCCUGUCACUGUUCACUGCCCCUCCCCCCUGUGCAUGAUUGGCAGGGGGCAGCACCACUCGUCUGUCGAGUGGGCCUGGCACUGUCCAAUCAGAAAUCAUCCCUCUGGGUUUCUCCUGGCCCUGACAGCUUUGCAAGCAGAAAAUGGAACCCGUUUGAGAAAAUUUGCCAGGAAGUGCAUUAAACGUAUCUGUGCGUAUAACUGAUUAUAAUAUAUAACUUGGAAUACCCUGGAUAAAAGGAGGUUGUGUUUGUCAUAUGGGGAAUAAGGGGAUGUGUGCAUGGGUGUCGCUACUUUAUUGCUGAUGUAACAUUAGCCCAUGGCUUUUGUUGUAAUGAUGCAUUGGUGCACUCCCUUAUUAGCCUUGACUGAAACAAAGAACUUCAGCCCCCCCCCCGCGGCCCCACUCCCACCAGUGAGAAAGCUACUCACCUCUUGAUGAACUCAUGUUGUGUAACACCAUCUGUACUGGAAUAAAAUUCAAAUUCACUAAAA